AUAUAAUCUCAAAUCUCACUACAUCUCCAUUUACUUCCUUCAAAUCAAAUCAUUCUCACUUUGGCUUUGCUUUGCUUCUCCAAUGGCUCUCGAAACUUUCCUAAUAAAACUCAAAAACGCCAUUUCCUCCAAACCCACUUCUCGUCGACAAAUCCGGCCAUCUCCUCCGAUCACCACCACCACCACUUCCUCCUCCGUCGGAGUUUUAUCGUUCGAGGUAGCACGUGUCAUGACCAAACUCCUCCACCUCACUCACUCUCUCACCGACUCUAAUCUCAUCACUCUCCGUGAUCACUCUCUUUCCUUAGAAGGCCUCACCAAGAUCGUCAAUGGUGACGAGACCUUCUACCUCAGCCUCGUCUGUGCUGAGCUUGCCGAUACUCUCGCACACACCGCUGAUUCUGUUUCCAGGCUGAGCCGCCGCUGCACCACCCCGAGCCUCCGCUCCUUCCACCGCUUAUUCCAUGAGUUCGCCGACAUGGGUCGUGAUCCUCAUGGUUGGGUCAUGAGCUGUAAAGAUACCGAAGCUAAGAACAAGAAAGUCGAAAGAUAUGUGAGUGUGACGACGGCUUUGUAUAGAGAGAUGGAAGAGAUGACGAUAUUAGAAAACUCCCUGAGAAAACACAGUUUACAGAUUGGGAUUGAAUGUGAAGAAGAAGAAGACGACAUCGACAACAAGAAAGAUGCGAUGAAAGUGAUUGAUCUGCAGCAAAAGAUUGAGAGACAGAGACAACACGUGAAGUAUUUGAAAGACAGAUCUCUUUGGACAAAAAGCUUCGACACUGUCGUGUUGAUUCUCGCCAGAUCGGUGUUCACAGCACUCGCGAGACUCAAAUCGGUCUUCUCCUCCGCCGCAGCAGCAUCCGGCUGCCACGUGGUAGGCCCCACCGUCGUUUCUUUUCUCCCUCGCUCUCUCUCUUCUUCCUCUUCGUCGAUGAACCUCGUCCACCCGAGCCCAAACGACGAGGAGAAAGACAAAACGGCGUCGUCCUCUGCGUUUCUUGAAGAAAGCUCGAGACUUUUGAAACCGCCGGAGACGACUCUCGGCGGAUCCGGCGUGGCGCUUCACUACGCGAAUCUGAUAGUCGUGAUGGAGAAGAUGAUAAAGCAGCCGCAAUUGGUGGGUCUCGACGCGAGAGACGAUCUGUACUCGAUGUUGCCGGCGAGCGUGAGAUCGUCGCUCAGGUCGAGAUUAAAAGGAGUUGGGUUCACGGCGACUGACGGUGGCUUAGCGGCGGAGUGGAAGGCGGCGUUAGGUCGGAUUUUACGGUGGUUGUUACCGUUGGCGCAGAAUAUGAUUAGGUGGCAGAGCGAGAGAAGCUUCGAGCAGCAACACAUGGCUACGUCGGUGAAUAGUCAGAACAGAGUAAUGUUGGUUCAGACACUUGUGUUUGCUGAUAAAGUUAAGACAGAAGCUGCCAUUACAGAGCUUCUUGUCGGGUUGAAUUACAUUUGGAGAUUCGAAAGAGAGAUGACUGCUAAAGCUCUGUUUAAUCUGCAGUCUCCUCUUCCUAAUCACAGCUAAUUUUACUGUAGAGCUUUUUGUUUUUUUUGUUUUUUGUUUUGUGGGUUAAUUUUUGGUUUCUUCUUCUUGGUUUAAUUUGAUAAUACGAAUUUAUGAAAAUGAUGAAAGUGAUUUGAGUUGGGUUUGACUGGAGAGAAAUUAUAUAAAAAGAUGAUUGUGAUGUGUAAGUGUGUAACAACAAUGUAUGU